AAAUUUCGUCCUCGUGGACGAUUCAGAUAUGUCUGAACUCAUAUAUAUAUAUGAUGACUUAUAUCUAAAUGGAAUCCAGUCUAUAUAUUUAAAAGAGUUUGACUCUACCUACGUCCAGGAAAUGCUACUUUUUUUUUAGCGUGGGAGGGUAAUUCUUGGAGAUUGAGGGAGGACAGGUUGGUUCGAGGACCCCUUGGUCAAAGGAAAGGUACAAAGGAACUCGACCACUUGUUGGGAGAGGUUGUGAAACAAACUCGACUAAAAGAAGAGGUAUAAAAUGAUUCCGGGGCGUAGCCAUAUGACGCGAGAGUGUAGACUCUGGAACUCAGGGAGCAAGACCCUAAAGAAAGUUCAAGAAGCUAUGAAGAGUGGUAAACUCUAAAAGGAAAGAUAGAAACUGGGGAGUUGGCUGAUAAAGAUGGACAGUAACGAUUGCGUAAUAUAAAUUUAUCGGCCUCGUCAUCGAAAGCGGCUUCCAAUUGCUCGGAAAUUUUCAGCUAUAUGGGGGGCUUGGAUGGUGAGCAAAAACUAUUGAUCAAGAAGUUGGUCAAUUUUCGCAUGAAAGAAGGUAAAAGAACGAGAGUUCGUGCUAUUGUUUAUCAAACUUUUCAUCGCCCAGCUCGAACUGAACGCGAUGUAAUCAAACUUAUGGUUGACGCCGUAGAGAAUAUAAAGCCCAUAUGCGAAGUAGCAAAAGUAGGAGUAGCGGGUACUAUUUAUGAUGUCCCUGGGAUUGUAGCCAGGGAUCGUCAACAAACCUUAGCUAUUCGUUGGAUCCUUGAAGCAGCUUUCAAACGACGUAUAAGCUAUAGGAUAAGCUUAGAGAAAUGUUCAUUUGCUGAGAUACUGGAUGCUUACCAAAAGAGGGGAAGUGCACGUAGGAAAAGGGAGAAUCUUCAUGGACUAGCUUCCACAAAUCGAAGUUUCGCGCAUUUCAGAUGGUGGUAAAGUGAGACCACAUAAAGAGCUCUUCGUCAUUCAGUCAGAUUAUUAAGUAAGAUAUGGUUUGACCCUUUUCCUUUUUGUUUUCAUUUUCAUCCAGAAAGCCGGCCUUCCUCAUACUCCUCCCUUCAUUCAUUGAGUUAGAGGAAUCCAUAGGAGGCCCACCCGUUAUGCAUUGCAUGAAAGAACCUUUCUUUUUUAUAUGACUUCUCUUUUGCCUCAGGUCGAAUGAAUACGAAAGGGAGAUCAAUCCAAAGAAACAAAAAAGGCCAUGAAUGAAGAAGUUGGGCCUUUCACCCUCUUUCUAGUUACUCUGGGAGCUGAUCUGAUAAAUGCACUUCAAAGGGAGGGAAGGCUAGGAAUCUCGUUUUUGCUCCUCGUACACAUCUUCCUCAGUCCGGGCAUUCCGACCGGCGGAAUAAGCAUUCAUAUAAUCCAUUUAGCCAUCUGAGGCACCUCUAUUGGAUGAGUUGACCUCACCUCUUUCAUUCAGAUCUGCAACGGAUCCAGGAAAUGCAACGUAACCUGGAGAACGAGAGGUCUCCCUACCGUGGGCGGGAACUAGCCGCCCGCAUCGAUUGGGAGGUGCACAAGCUGGAGGGAAAAGUGGCGCGCAAUCGCGCCUUGGAUAUGGUACGAGAUGCUCAACUCAACAUAUGGAGGCAGGGGCUUGAUCAGGAAUUAGUAAGGCAACAGGAGAAUGAGUCCCGCCUUACUUUACGUAAUUCGUGGCUCCGUGUCCUCCUGCAGACACGCGAGCACCGACCCCCCGAAAACUGAAUGUUUUCUUAUUGGCAGGUGUACAACAACCUUAACCACGCAAGCCUGGGUUGGGCCUACCUCCAUCCUUAGAGGAGCCGUAUGAGGCGGAAGCCCCACGUACGGUUUUGAAGCCGAGCCUUUCCAGCAAUGGGGCUUAGGGACCGAUAUGAUGAUUGGUUUAGGUAGGGCGGCCGGCCUACUACGGGCACCCGCCUGUAGGGAUUAGUGCGUGAGACCGCGAUCCACAAACUGACGCAUGGGACUCACCCUUUACUUGAGAAUCAAGAGGGGAAAGAUAGCAUGUCCCAAGAGCGAGGCGAGUUUUGGAACCCUACAGCGAGAGGGACGCCUUGCGAGCCGGGCUUCCAGAGAUGAGGCCUUUUGGCGAAGCCAAGUUUCUUUCGGGCCACCAAACCCUGCAACUGAUGAGAAAGAAGGCCCUAUGGGGUAAAGGGAAGCGUGUAUGUUGUCUUGUCACACUCCCUGCCUUCCAAAGGUGCCUAGAGGACGGGCCAGACGCAGCAGAGCGACAACCCGGGAGCAGAUUCCCCACCGGCAGGGGGACAGGAGACGGCCAUCUCAAAGCACAUCAUGACCUACAGGUAAGACCGGCGAGACCAGGGAAGGCAACCCGAUUGGGAGUCAGAGGAUCCAUAGUACCUGCAGCCCCACGGACUUAAUAUUCCUCAUUUUAGAAAGCGGAGGGAAGGGAUCUCUUUUCUGCAACGGAAAAAAAACGGAGCAGAUUUGACUCGGCACAACCUAACGAUACAUCCAAUACCAAUGAUCUGUGCCUAGAAUGCGUUGCUAGAUCUCUGUUCUAAAAAGCUAUACAGGCAACAAUAAAGUUGACCGGGGGCGGGUCUUCCCUUUCAUUACUUAUUUCACGACGAGGGAACCGCGCCCGCAUUAGUCGAAGUGGUGCCCUCCUCGAAGAAAGAGGGUUUCAGUCUCAUUCAACCAACUCUCUUUUUGAAGCAGAUAGUUCACGAGAUAAUUGAGUAAGUUAAGAUAGAUGUCACAAUUUGAACCAAAGGCCUUUUUAGUGAUUAGUCUGCUAGUUUCUUUGAUCUUAGUCGGUGUAAAUUAUUCCUUUUU